AGGCUGCCAUGGAUGAGAAGCUUGAAUGAAAUGACGGGUAGAUGAUGAGAUACAAAUCUAGAGACAUGAAGAAUCGAAUCAAACAUUUUCUGUGGAAGCACAAGCCAUUUUGGAGAUUAUACCUACGUAACUUUGUCAUCGUGACAAUUAUUGUACUGUGUUCUAUCUUCAUCGCCUGUCUCAAUGAAGAUUUUACAUCAAAAGUGAGAGGCUAUGUGUGGAGAGUAGACAUAAAGACGCUAGCCGAGCAGUAUAAAGAUGAAUCAUCACUUUACAUAGACCAGACCCAUGCCGACCAUUUAUUCCACAAGGUCAAAGUACUGUGCUUUAUUUUGACCACCGAAGGAAAACUGGGCGGAAAGGUUCAGAUUGUCAACAACACGUGGGCGAGACGCUGUAACAAAGUAUUAUAUGUCUUGUGUACAAAACGUGAAUCCCCUGAUCUUCUGUCCACAUGUUCUGUUGGUGAGAGUAAAUAUCACCUAACAGGUAAAGUCCGGUUUGCUAUCAGACAUUCCUAUGAACAUUAUAUACAGAACUAUGACUGGUUUUUAAAGGCCGAUGAUGAUACAUAUGUAAUCAUGGAGAACCUGCGAUAUUUAUUAUCAAACUAUCCCACCAACAAAGCUGGAUAUCUUGGCUACCACUUCAAAGUACACAUGAAUCAAGGAUACAUGAGUGGCGGGGCUGGCUAUGUUAUCAAUAGACAGGCCCUUAGACAGGUGGUUGAGCAGGGAUUCCAACAAAACGGUUGUCUCGAAGACGGUGGCGACGAGGAUGUAGAAAUCGGUAGAUGUCUUCAGUCAUCCAGUGUACAAGUGUUUAGCUCACUGGAUAAGUUUGACAGAGAGACCUUCCAUACAGAUAAACCUUGGCAGCAUAUCUGGGGAAUUCCACCUGGUUACCUUAAGUUAUAUUCCAAAAAUGGAGUGGGAAAGGGAGCUGAGUGCUGUAGCCAGUUUACCGUUUCCUAUCACCAUGUCGAUGCUGCUACCAUGGCGUUUAUGGAACAUAUGCUUUAUAGGACUAGUGUGUAUGGACGAAAUGGACUAACAAACGCUUCUGAUGUCUUUCCGCCACGAUUUCACCGGGCCGGUUGAAAUAAGUCAUUGCCACUAAGACUGGCCAUGAAGUAUUUCACUUCCUUCCUCCUAAUUGUAGAGCAAAUCCUCUAAUGUCAUUCCCAGAAAAAUACCACAGUUAUAUUUAGAAUUAAGUACAAAAUAUGGAAUUUCAGAUAUUUUCCUACUUCUCAUCUCUUCAAUUAUUUAUGUUUUAUUAAUUCCAGGAAGAUCUGGUCAAUCUGUCAGAAAAUAUCCAGAAGUAAGACU